UCGGCAUUCAAACUGAUUACCGCGUUAAAAGUUGGCUAACAGAGCAACUACGUACAUAUGUCAUUAAUCUCAACUGUUACUCGCAUUUGAAACGUCGGUUGUGGUUUCCUUAUAAUAUAAACAUUGAAAAUUAUAAAGUGAAGUCAAAAUAUUUCAAUCCCAAUUUAAAAAUUCUGCCAAUAUAGCUAUAAAAAUCUGUUUAAGUGAGUGAACAAGAAAUAAAUAUGGAUAGGGAAGGACUAUGGCCGGAAUAUUUUGAGCUAUACCCACCGUGGAGUAUGCAUUCCUCGCUGGGAAUAGAUGAAGCCUCAAAGGAUCCUAGAAUAUGUGACGAAGAUUUUACGCAGCAGUUCACUGAAAAUGAUUUUGAAGGACACCGAGCACAUAACGUAUACGUAGGAGUUCAUGUUCCUAGUGUAAGACGUCAUUCGCAACGUCGGCGAAAACAUCAUCACAGUAAGGACAAUGGAGAUAUAACUUCAGAUGUGGAACGAACAGCUACCCCGCCUGCGCAAAGAGUCCAGUUUAUGCUUGGUGAAGAUGUCGAUGAUGAAGCACAUAUCUCACAUCCACUUUUCUCCGAAAUGGGAAUAUUAGUAAAGGAUGGGGAUGAUUUUGAAUGGAAAGAAGCUGCACGUUGGAUAAAAUUUGAAGAAGAUGUUGAAGAGGGAGGCAACCGUUGGUCAAAACCCCACGUAGCAACACUUUCAUUGCAUUCCUUAUUUGAGCUACGAAAUCUCCUAAUAAAGGGAUCGGUUUUGUUGGAUAUGGAAGCAAAUAAUUUGGAAGUUAUCGCAGACUUGAUUUGUGAAAACAUGGUCAAUACUGGUAAACUACCAAUUGAAUCAUGUCAUAAAGUAAGAGAAGCCUUGUUAUGUCGCCAUCGACAUCAGCAUGAAUAUAAUAAAAAAACUCGUCUGCCAAUUAUACGUUCUUUAACCGAGGUUGGAAGAAAUAGCUCAUCGGCGAAGAUGGAAGAACACAGCUCAUUACCAGCGCAAAUGCAUCAACUUAACAUAACAUCUCAUAACGCGAAUCGCAAUGAUGACAACAGUGGACCUUUUCUAACUGUACCAGGAAAAACAGUUUUCUUGCCAAAUGAAGAUAUGAUCAAAAGUCCCAGCAAUCAAUCAAUGCAACGGAAUUCUAGCAGUCAUGAGUUAGGCGAUCAUCGUGGCAAUACACACUUCAUGCGUAAAAUACCGCCUGGAGCAGAAGCAAGCAAUAUUUUGGUUGGUGAAGUAGAUUUUCUUGAAAAACCUUUAUCUGGAUUUAUACGUUUAAAGGAAGCUACAAUAAUAGGUGAUCUCACGGAAGUACCAGUGCCAACAAGAUUUAUUUUUGUAUUACUUGGACCACCUGGCAGUCAAAGCAAUUUACAUGAAAUUGGACGUGCAAUGGCUACACUGAUGUCAGACGAAAUAUUCCAUGAGGUUGCCUAUCGAGCCCGUAAACGUGAUCAUUUACUUGCUGGUAUAGAUGAAUUUUUGGAUGCCGUCACAGUAUUACCGCCAGGGGAAUGGGAUCCUACCAUACGUAUUGAACCACCUGCUGCAAUUCCUUCUCAAGAAGUUCGAAAACGCCCACAAGAGAUAGCCAAGGACGAAAUUGAUGAAGAAGAGGAAGAACAACGUUUGCGUGAAGAAUCAGGGCUUUCUCGAACCGGACGUUUAUUUGGAGGUCUCAUCGAUGAUGUAAAACGUAAGGCCCCUUGGUACUGGAGUGAUUUUAAAGAUUCAAUGUCAAUUCAAUGCGUGGCUUCAUGGAUAUUUUUAUAUUUUGCUUGUUUAUCACCGAUUAUAACAUUUGGAGGCUUAUUAAGUGAGGCAACAGGAAAAAAUAUGGCUGCCAUGGAAUCUUUAAUUUCUGGCUUCAUAUGUGGUAUAGGCUACGGUUUCUUCUCUGGACAGCCAUUAACAAUAUUAGGUUCAACCGGGCCAGUUUUGGUAUUUGAAACGAUUGUAUAUGAGUUUUGUGGGAAGCAAGGCUGGGAUUACAUGACAUUCCGAUUUUGGAUCGGAACAUGGAUAACGGUAAUAUUAUUAAUAUUGACCGCAAUUGAUGCAAGUGCAUUAGUUUGUUACAUAACGCGUUUUACUGAAGAAAAUUUUGCAACUUUGAUAGCAUUUAUAUUUAUUUACAAGGCUGUUGAAAAUGUUCUGUUAAUUGGCAGUAAAUAUCCAGUAAACCAUGACGCUUAUGAUUGCAUUUGCUCACCACCCUUAAAUAGUAAUUCAUCUAUAUUAGAUUAUGUGAAGUAUAGUAGGGGACAAUGUGCUGCGAAUAAUGGUACGUUAAUAGGAACAGAUUGUGAUCAACCUGAAAGUGCAAAUAUUUUCCUGAUGUCAGUGAUAUUAUUUUUGGGCACAUUUACCAUAUCUGUUCUUUUGAAAGAUUUUAAAAAUGCUUUAUUUUUCCCAUCAACUGUUCGUCAAUUUAUAAGUGAUUUUGCUGUCAUCAUUGCUAUAUUUGCAAUGUCAUUCUUGGACUUUAAAAUGAAUGUAAAUACGCCAAAAUUAGAGGUUCCACACGAACUUAAACCAACAUUAGCAUCUCGAGGCUGGCUAAUACCACCAUUUACUAAAAACAAUCCUCUCUGGUCACCAAUUGUAGCAGUGUUUCCAGCAAUGCUGGGAACAAUUCUUAUAUUUAUGGAUCAGCAGAUUACAGCAGUUAUUAUAAAUCGUAAAGAAUAUAAACUAAACAAAGGCUGUGGGUAUCAUUUGGAUUUAUUUAUUUUAUCGAUAUUAAUACAAAUUUGUAGUAUUAUAGGAUUGCCAUGGUUUGUAGCUGCAACGGUAUUAAGUAUUAAUCACGUAAAUUCCCUCAAAAAAGAAUCUGAAUGUUCAGCACCAGGAGAAAAGCCACAGUUUUUAGGUGUACGUGAGCAACGUGUCACACACAUUAUGAUAUUCUUAACUAUUGGUCUAUCAGUUUUAUUAACACCAUUAUUAUGCCACAUUCCAAUGCCUGUUCUUUUCGGAGUAUUUCUUUACAUGGGUGUUGCUUCUUUAAAGGGCUUACAAUUUUUCGAUCGCUUACUGAUAAUGUUUAUGCCUGCUAAAUAUCAGCCAGAUUACAUGUUCCUGAGACAAGUGCCAAUCAAACGAGUCCAUCUAUUUACAACAAUUCAAUUAGCUUGUCUAAUAAUCUUGUGGCUGAUAAAAUCGUUUUCGCAAACAUCUAUACUUUUUCCUCUAAUGUUGGUCGUUAUGAUUGGAAUACGUAAAUCCUUGGACUUUGUAUUUACGAGACGAGAAUUAAAGAUACUAGAUGACAUUAUGCCUGAAGUAACAAAACGUUCUGCAGCAGAUGAUUUACAUCACUUGGACACUGAGCCACGUUCAAGUUCUGGAUAUAAUGAUGGAAAAGAACCAAUACCAACAAUAAUUCAUAUUCCACUAAGGCAAGAAACCAAGUCAUCAGAACAAGCACCUAACCGAUCCAAAAUGUUUCAACAUGUCAAUAAAGAUGGAGCAAUUAUGGAGCAGCUUAUUAUACCAGUCACAGCAAAAGUACGAGAAAUCAGUGGGAGUAAUCCAACAAAGCAUUUAAUAUGUCGAAGCGAAUAUGACGGUGAGGUGCAAGUCAUUCAUACAGUGGUAUCACAACAACAAAAACAGCUAUUCGAAUCAAUGAUAUAAAUUUUUUUUUUACAAUACAAAUAUUGCAUUUUUAAUUUUUAUUAGAAGUUUGUAUCUUUCCUUUACACAUUUGCAUGUAGAACUUAAAUCUUAACUUAUUUGUUAAUCUAUAUGUCUAGAAGCAUAAGGUUUAUAAUAAAAAUUGUUGGUACAAACUUAGCCUACAUUUAGAUAAUUACUUGUUUUAAAGUGCCAAUUAAAUGUACAAAAUACCAAAUUCAGUGCAAUUUAUUAUGAAGUAUUUUUAUUUCUAAGUUAAAAUGUAUGUUUGGUGUA